UGACAAGCGACAAGCGAUAACAAAAUAUUUUUAAUUAGAUUUGCAAACAAUCCAAAUAAAAAACGUCCUAAAAAUCGCUGUUACACCUUCGAAACUGGACAGAAUAUCCAGAAACUCUCUUUCCCAGGCAAGACAACCGUAUGGAAACGAGUUUUUCGCUGCCAGGACACGCCGCAGAAUUGAGCGAAGCGUUUUCAGCCUCAUGUAGAGAGGUUCUAUAUUUAGGUUACCAGUUUCUAUUUAACGGAGCUAAAUGAAUAAAUCGAAAAAGCAGCAUCUUCAUGGCGAAUAUGCGGGCCGCAGUUUAGACGAACGAUGUCGUCGCUCACAAUAAACCUAGAGAUUGGACACGACUCAUCAGUUCGAUCCAAGACCACCCCGGAAGGGUUCACUCACGACUGGGAGGUGUUCGUGAGGGGCUGCAACGGCGCCGAUAUCAGUCAUUACGUAGAAAAAGUAGUCUUUAUCUUGCAUGAAACUUUCCCCAAGCCUAAGCGAGUGGUUAAAGAGCCUCCAUAUUCGUUACGUACGUCGGGUUAUGCUGGGUUUAAUCUGCCUAUUCACGUGUACCUGAAGAACAAUCAGGAACCGAGGAGGAUUGAGUUUAAUUAUGACCUACAGUUACAGCCGAGUGGGCCCCCUAUUCAUAAAGUUCAGAAGGAAAAGUACACGUUUCAGUCAGUUAGCGAGGAUUUUCGGAAUAAACUCCUAAAAGGCGGUGCAGCGAGCGGUUCAGGAAAUAGUUUGGAGAAUACCUCUUCAAAAUUGGAGGAAAAAAGCCAGAUGUCGAGCAAACCCAAACUAGGAGGCUCAGAUCAGAUGAGAAAAUACAAGUUGAAACAGGAUGAGCCGAGAAGUGACCAAUUUACCAACUUAUUUGGUACUCCUAUUACAAAAACUAGUAGGGUUGUCGAGGUACCGAAAGUCAAAGAGACCUCUAAGCCUGUAGUUAAACCCGUGGACAAAGAUAAAGAAAAAAAUUCUGAAAAAGACAAGGAUAAAAACAAAAACAAAAGCACAUACAAAGACAAGGACAGAGAUAGGGACAAAGAGAAGGAGAAAAUAAAAGAAAAACCUUCAGAAAAUAGCGAGAAAAAGUCGAAAGAUGACAGAAAAGAUAAGAAGGAUAAAAAGGAUAGGGAAUCUAGCAAAAAGGACAAGAAAGACAGAAAGGAUAGGGAAAAAGAGAAGGAAAAGGAUAAAGAUAAGAGUCCCCCUCCCAGAAUAAGAUCUCCCAGUCCUCCGAAAAGACCCAGCAGUCCAAAAACAGUCCCAAAAGACAAAGAGCAAACCAAGGAUAAGGAUUCGAAAGACAGGGACAGAAACAAGGAGAAAAAAUCGAAAAAACACAAAGAAAAAGACAGCAAAUACCGAGAUAGAGACGCUGAUAAAGAUAAGGAUAGAGAUAAAACGUCAAACGAUCAUGGGAAAGACCACAAAAAGGACAGCAAAACAUCCAAAGAAAAAGAUAGCUCUAGUAGUAAUACUUUUGCCUCGUCGGUUAAAGAGAGAGACAGAGAUUCCAGUCCAGUACCACCUCCGACAGUGUCUAAAGCGGAGAAAAAAGAGAAAAUUAAAGAGAAAGAAGUGAAAGAACCGGAGAAACAGGAGAAAGAAAAGGACAAAGAGAAGGGCGAGGAUAAACCUAAGCACAAGCACAAGAAAAAAGACAAGGACAGGAAGGAUAAGAAGGAGGAGAAGUCUCACAAGAAGGAGAGAGAAGAUAAAAAACCGGAAAAAGAUCGAAGUUCGUCGGGAAGUUCUAAAGAAGUCUCAGCAAAAGAAAGGGAGAAGACCAACAGUCUUUUCGGUCACAGUCCCAAAAGCGAGCCCUCUCCGAGUCCACCCCCUGUAGAAAAACCUCCCCAACCCAUCCCCGUCGAAGACGACUCCUCCAAUAUCUCGAAAAGCAGCAGGGAACCCAGUCCGGCCAACAUCCCCGCUCCGGAACCCCCUCAGAAACCUCCCACGCCCCCUAGGGCGGCGCCAGAAGCCAAGAAACCAGCCAGCGAAGAGACCACGCCUCCAAAGAAAACGCCCAGCGACGACCCUCCCGUAGCGCCGCCUCCCAACAAGAAGAAGGACAAGAAGGAGAAGAAGAAAGAGAAGAAAGGCGACAAGGAGCACGAGAAGAAGAGGAAGAGGAAAGUGGAGGCCGAGACGCAGGUGGAGAUCGAGGAGCCUCCGUUGAAGGUGGAGAAAAAAGAGGAGGAUACUAAUAAUAAUUCGGAUGAUGAAAGGAAGGUUUCCAGUUCGGAGGACGCCAAUCUCAUACCCUACGGUGAUGACGGCGAAGCUUACAUGAGCAUGCUGAGGGAGAUGCAGCACAAAAUCAUGGGCCUGAAAAACAACUCCGAUCUUCAGAAAGUGGUGCAACUGAUCGCCGAAACCGGUCGAUAUGAAGUCUCAGCGCACACGUUUGAUUUCGAUCUGUGUCUCCUGGACAAAUCCACAGUGAUGCAACUGCAGUCCUUCCUCUCAUCCUCGGUCAACUAACACGAAGGACUAGCUUUUCGCGUUCACCCUGUACAUAAAAUAACUUUAUUUAUUUAUAGUUUAAAAAACAAAGUACACACACUUACCUUGUUCAGGACACUAGAGGCAAUGCAGCAACACAUAAGUAGGGAUGGGCAAUAAUAUAUUUUACAUAUCGAUCAGUUAUCGCACUUCACCAUCGAUAUACUUUAGUUAUCGAUAUAUCGGUAGUUAAUAAGUUCACCUAUCGAUAUACUUUAGUUAUCGAUAUAUCGAUAAUUGGCGAUAUAUCGAUAAUUGUCAAUAUAUCGAUAGUUAUCGAUAUAUCGGAAAAAAUCCCAUCCCUACCCAUAAACUGAUUGAGAUUCGAUUAUGUAGUCAACAUAAUACGGGGCGUUUCUAUAUUGUCGGCUAUUAAGACGUUUUAUGUUAUACCCGGUAUUUUUUCACAAAAAGAUGCGUCAUAGUGGCCGUUGAAGUGAUAAUUUCUGUCUGAAUUGACAUAAAAAUUGAUUGAGUUUGUAAGUAACUUUUUAAUAAAUGAGAUAUAGGGACCGCCUCGCAGAAAAUAUAAUUUACUGCCAGUUCAAAGGUUACUAUGCCACCUGUUUUUUUUUAUCGUAUGGGUUUUCGGUGAUUUUUUAAAAAACACAACGCUCUGUAUUAUGGUAUUAGUCAAAAGUAACUGAAGUAUAACGUUUAUUAAAUAACUAUGAAGUUAGUUGAUAAUAUUAUUAUGUUGUUUUGUAAAAAAUCUUUUUAAUUAAUUAAGUUUUUAGGUAGAUUUUUUGUUGAAUUUAAUUUAUAUUGACAAUGAUUCUUUUAAGAUGUCGGUCUGAUUUUUUUAAAAUGUGCGUUAUAAAAUUGUGUAUAAGCAUAAGUGAAUAAAAUGUGCUGUUUUUUCAUGAAAUAUGAUGAUACAAUUGUAUAUUUGUACAAUAAUGGUAUAUAAUAUGAAAUAUGGGGAUAUAAUAUUAAAUAUAAUAUAUAUCUAUAGGAAAAUAAAAUGAUCUUUUAUUGUAAUAAAUAUAGACCCUUUUUUUAACUUGCAGAUAGUUUUGAAUGUUUUUUUUCUGGUGCUUGAUGUGCCUAAGAUAGAGAUUUAUACAAAACCCCAAUAAUUGUAAAUAUUAUUAAAAAGAAAUAACGCAUCACAUUAAAUUUUGUUGUUGUUAAUAAGACCAAAAACUUUAUUUAGGUAAAGGAGAUUCUUUUCUGUAUUUUUACAUGAAGUUAUGACUAUAGGCUUAUCUUUAUAUGAGUUAUUCGUUUUACUGUCGUGGAUUAUAUGUAUAUUUAAGGAACUUCUCACUAAAAUUAAUGAAUUCUUAAUAAAAACGAUCAAACUAGAA